AUGCACACACUGCUGGUUACCACAAACAUUUUUGCCUUGUGUAUACUCUCUGUAUUUUGUUCUGUUGUGUUAUUCGUCUUGUGGACUAGUGCCACAUCUCGUACCGUCAACUCCCUUCCGCAAGAACUGUUGCUUGGGUUGGGAAAUGUGGACGAUAUAUUGACGGCCAUCACGCUCAAAGACUCACUGAGGAACAUGAAUAUGGCAAACAUCAUCUGUUUUGCUCUGCUGAUACUUUUGGUUAUAUUGUUAAGCCUCGUGGAAGGCGUACUGAUCCGUAUGAAGUCAGAUCUUGAAGAGUGCGCCAAGCUGCCACCAGUAACGCUGGUGCAACACAUGAACAAUAGCUAUAGAGCUGGUUUGGAAAAUAGUGGAUUGGCUUAUAGGGAAGAUGCCAAAGGUUGA